CUACUUUGUGUAUUUACUGCUGGAAAUAAAACUUGCCAAUCUGAUAAAUGCUUCUCUUAACCAAUGAAGAUCAAAUUUUCUUUGCUCAUUUUCUUUUAAUGUAUGUUCUUCUUAUCGGGGCCAAAAAGCAUUCCUUUAUGAAAAUGGAAGCACCCAGAACAACUGCUUGUGGCUGAAACUUUAUCUGUAUACUUUACCGAAGAUUUACAGCUAAGUUGUAUGAAAGUUAUUUUGUUCACAAGCAGAAAAACAAGCUAAAGAUACCAAAUGCUUAGUUCAAAGUAACUCUGCCUGCUUGAGAACAGUGACAGCUAAUAGCAGAAGGCAUGUUCUACACUUUAUAAACUGCUAUAUUUUGUGCCUAAAGUUGCUCCAAAGAGUGCUCCACUACCUGAGAGAUAUGGAUCAUCCUUUCCUUGAAGCAGAAAUGAAGGCAGUUUUGUAGAAGUCAUGAACAUGGACAGUUAGUAAGAAGAGCAGAACUGAUCACAAAUAGAUGGGGAUCUAUUUUCUGCUGUUAACUGCAGGGCUCUGCUGGGGGCAGUACAACCCCAACACUCUCCCAAAGAGAACAUCUAUUGUGCAUCUCUUUGAAUGGUGCUGGCAGGAUAUUGCUCAGGAGUGUGAACGCUACUUAGCUCCUAAUGGAUUUGGAGGUGUUCAGAUUUCACCUCCAAAUGAAAAUGUUAUCAUUACUGACCCCCAGCAACCGUGGUGGGAACGAUACCAGCCUGUUAGCUACAAGCUGUGCACAAGAUCUGGAAAUGAAACUGAAUUUAGAGACAUGGUGACCAGGUGCAACAACGUUGGAGUGCACAUUUAUGUGGAUGCAGUAAUCAACCACAUGUGUGGAGCUAAUGCUGGGGCUGGUGACCGCGCAACUUGUGGAAGCGAUUUCAAUGCAAAGACCGAAGACUUCCCAGCUGUUCCCUAUUCUGCCUGGGACUUUAAUGAUCAUAAAUGUAAAUCUAGAAGUGGAAACAUUGAGAAUUAUCAUGAUAUAUCUCAGGUGCGGGACUGCCGCCUGCUCAGCCUGCUGGACCUGGCCCUGGGGAAGGACUACGUGCGCUCCAGGAUUGCCGAGUACCUGAACCAUCUCAUUGCCAUCGGCGUAGCAGGGUUCCGGAUCGAUGCUGCCAAGCACAUGUGGCCUGCGGAUGUCAAGGCGAUUUUAGACAAGCUGAAAGAUCUGAAUACUCAAUGGUUUCCUGCAGGAACUAAACCUUUCAUUUACCAGGAGGUAAUUGACUUGGGUGGAGAGCCCAUCAAAGGCAGCGAAUACUUUGGAAAUGGCCGAGUGACAGAAUUCAAAUACGGUGCCAAGCUGGGGACAGUGAUCCGCAAGUGGAACGGAGAAAAGAUGGCCUACUUAAAGAACUGGGGAGAAGGCUGGGGCUUUGUGCCUUCUGACAGAGCCCUGGUCUUUGUGGAUAACCACGACAACCAGAGAGGACACGGGGCUGGUGGAGCUUCUAUUCUCACCUUCUGGGAUGCCAGGCUCUAUAAAAUGGCAUCUGGUUUCAUGCUUGCCCACCCGUACGGGUUCACCCGUGUGAUGUCAAGUUUCCGCUGGCCAAGAUAUUUUGAAAAUGGAAAGGAUAUCAAUGACUGGGUUGGGCCCCCAAGUAACGCGGAUGGCUCCACAAAGCCUGUUACAAUCAACGAGGACACGACCUGCGGCAACGACUGGGUUUGUGAACAUCGCUGGCGUCAGAUCAGGAACAUGGUUAUCUUCCGUAACGUGGUGGAUGGUGAGCCUUUCUCCAACUGGUGGGACAAUGGCAGCAAUCAAGUGGCUUUUGGCCGUGGUAAUAAAGGCUUCAUCAUCUUCAAUAAUGAUGACUGGAAUAUGAGCGUCUAUCUGCAAACUGGACUGCCUGCUGGUACCUAUUGUGAUGUUAUUUCCGGACAAAAGGAAAACAACAAAUGUACUGGAAAGCAAGUGUUUGUUUCUGGUGAUGGAAUGGCUAAUUUCCAGAUUAAUACCGAUGCUGAAGAUCCAUUUAUUGCAAUCCAUGUUGAUGCAAAAUUAUAAUUUGGGAGAAAUAUCCUUCUCUGUUUGGUCUGUUAUGUUUCCCCUAUAUGUUACUCCUUGGUUUUUGAGAAUGAGCAACUCUCUAUUGAAUAAUAAAUGGCAUUCAAAUUGAA